AUGAAGACCAACUCGCUCGGCCUGCUUAGCGUCCUCCUCGGCGUGUCGACUCUGUCGGCGUCGGCAUCCGCAUCAGUCAUCCCCUCUGACUCGGUCUCGGACCACACGCUCACCACCCGAGCCGCUUCGACGCUCGACGCUGCCAUGCGGGCCAAGGGCAGAAAGUACAUCGGCACAUGCGCGGACAGCUACACGCUCUCCAACUCUGCGGUCAGCAGCAUCAUCAAGAGCGAGAUGGGCCAGGUGACGCCGGAGAACUCGAUGAAGUGGGAUGCCACUCAGCCGAGUCGUGGGCAGUUCACGUUUGACGGUGCAGACGCGCUGGUCAACUAUGCCACGUCGAACGGCAAGCUCAUCCGCGGACACACGCUGGUGUGGCACUCGCAACUGCCGCAGUGGGUGCAGAGCAUCACCGACCCGACGGACCUGACCAACGUGAUCAAGCAGCGCAUCGCCACGCUCAUGGGCCGCUACAAGGGCAAGAUCUACGCCUGGGAUGUGGUCAACGAGAUCUUCAACGAGGACGGCUCGAUGCGCCAGAGCGUCUUCUACAAGGUGCUCGGUGAGAACUUUGUCAAGAUCGCCUUUGACGCCGCGCGCGCCGCCGACCCCAACGCCAAGCUCUACAUCAACGACUACAACCUCGACGACCCCAACUACGCCAAGCUGCGCGGCCUCGUCUCCAAGGUCAAACAGUGGCGGUCCCAGGGCAUCCCCAUCGACGGCAUCGGCUCCCAGUCGCACCUCAGCACGAAAGGCUCGUUCCCGGACUCGUCGGCCGUCGGUGCCGCCAUGAGCUCCCUCUGCGCCGCCGCCCCCGAGUGCGCAAUGACCGAACUCGACAUCGCCCAGGCCGGCACCGACCAGUACACAAAGGCCACCCAGGCCUGUUUGAACCAGAGCAACUGCGUCGGCAUCACCCUCUGGGGUGUCAGCGACAACCUCUCCUGGAGAUCCAGCACAAACCCGCUGCUCUGGAACGGCUCGUACCAGAAGAAGCCCGCGUACUCGGCUGUCCUCAACACGCUCAACCAAUAA